CAAAACAGUCGAAAAAGCAACUAGAAACUGCGUAUCUUUUCGAUUCAAUCCUCUUAAAUCGCAAUUAUCAGUCAAAAUGGGUAAAGGAUUCAAUAAUUACAUGUGCAAAAAGUUCUUCCAUCCUGCCUCAAGGGAUAACUUGAAACGGGUAUGGAUGGCGGAGCAGCAGGCGGAAGCAUACAAAAAGAAGCAGGAAGAACUGCGAAACCAAUAUGAAAAGGAACAGGAACUACACGACAACAAAGCGAUGCUCAGCAGGGAUAGCAAGGACAAGCUGAGCGUCAAUUUCAUGUACGAGCUGCCCCCGGGCAUGAAGAAGGAACGCGAACAGGAAUCGAACGAAUCCGAGUACAAGUUCGAGUGGCAGCGCAAAUACAAUGCCCCCCGCGAAAGCUACUGCAAGGGAGACACAGAAAUCCGCGAUCAACCGUUCGGUAUCCAGGUGCGUAAUGUACGCUGCAUUAAAUGUCACAAAUGGGGACACAUCAACACGGACAAAGAGUGCACCAUGUACAGCCUUUCGAUGAGCGAAGCGAAGAAAAUCCAUUCUGAAGCAGAGGCCAAUCAGGUACUGUCCAAAGGAGAGCUGGAGCAGCAACUGCGCGACGACGGUCUAGCAAUGAAACGAUCCGCGCAGGAGCUCGUCACAUCCCACAAGCUCGUAACAGACCCGGAAGUGGAGCAAGCAGAUCCCGAAACAGAAUUCAUACGCUCGCUGACCAAAAAGCAAAAAAAGAAGCUGCUAAAAAAACUGGAAAAGAUCGAAAAGAAACAACGUGCGUCGAAGAAGAAGCACAAACGACGAUCUAGUAGCUCGAGCAGCGAAAGCAGUAAUUCGUCCUCGUCCGAUUCGGAGGACUCUGGUGCGGUUAUGCAGUCAACGAAAAAGAAGAGCAAAAAACAAACCACGCAUAAAUCAGACAACCGGCACGACGGCCGCAGAGAACCCCGCGAAAAAGGUAACGAACGCAGGGAAAAGUAUCGACAUCGCAGUCGAUCCCGCUCACCGUACGGCGGUGCGUCGCGCAGUAACGAGGCGAAGCACAGUAAGCGUAGAGAUCGUUCUGCGAGCCCGCGCCGGGAUCGAAGCAGGCGUUAGAAGACGCCAUAUCCCCAUAUACCCCAUAUCAACUGGAAGACACUGGCUCACGGACCAUGAAUAUUAUCCCACACCAAAUGCUGUGCCCUAACGGAGAACUAAUUUGCAAAAACCUUUUUUUAAGACUUUAGUUUAUUGAAAAAAUUUUAAACUUCGCUCAACAUAUCGUAUCAAUAGAGCCCGA